GAGCGUAUGUCAAUGGCCGUCGAGAUGUCAUCGAAACAACCCACCAAAGACUUCUUCUCCUCUCCAGCCCUCUCCCUCUCUCUCGCUGGGAUAUUUCGGAAUGCAUCCUCCGGCAGCACGAACCCUGAGGAGGACUUUCUGGGCAGAAGAGUAGCUGACGAUGAGGAUCGGACGGUGGAGAUGAGCAGCGAGAACUCGGGACCCACGAGAUCCAGAUCAGAGGACAAUUUGGAGGGUGAGGAGGAUCAAGAGGAAGAGGAUGGUGCAGGAAACAAGGGAAACAAGAGGAAGAGGAAGAAGUAUCAUCGCCACACCACCGAUCAGAUUAGACACAUGGAAGCGCUGUUCAAAGAAACACCUCAUCCGGACGAGAAGCAAAGACAGCAGCUGAGCAAGCAAUUAGGUCUUGCCCCUCGCCAGGUCAAGUUCUGGUUCCAAAACCGCCGCACCCAGAUCAAGGCUAUUCAAGAACGGCAUGAAAACUCAUUGUUGAAAGCGGAGUUAGAGAAGCUGAGAGAGGAAAACAAAACGAUGAGAGAGUCAUUUUCCAAGGCUAAUUCCUCCUCGUGCCCCAACUGCGGAGGAGGAGGAGGAGGAAGCCCCGAUGAUCUCCACCUUGAAAACACCAAACUAAAAGCCGAGCUCGACAAGCUUCGUGCGGCUCUCGGACGGACUCCCUAUCCCCUUCAGGCCUCAUGCUCCGAUGAUCAACAUCGGCGUGUUGGCUCCCUAGAACUCUACACGGGGGUCUUUGCCCUCGAGAAGUCCCGCAUUGUGGAGAUUGCCAACCGAGCCACCCUCGAAGUUCUAAAGAUGGCCACAUCCGGCGAACCUCUAUGGCUCCGAAGCCUUGAGACUGGCCGUGAGAUUCUCAACUACGAUGAGUAUCUCAAGGAGUUUCCUCAAGCUCAGGCCUCUUCAUUUCAUGGGAGGAAAACCAUUGAAGCAUCUCGAGAUGUGGGGAUCGUGUUUAUGGACGCACAUAAACUUGCCCAAAGUUUCAUGGACGUGGAGCAAUGGAAAGAGAUGUUUGCAUGUUUGAUCUCAAAGGCGGUGACGGUUGAUGUAAUACGACAGGGUGAAGGGCCUUCAAGGAUCGACGGUGCCAUUCAGUUGAUGUUUGGGGAGAUGCAGCUGCUCACUCCAGUUGUCCCCACAAGAGAAGUCUACUUUGUGAGAAGUUGCCGGCAGCUGAGUCCCGAGAAAUGGGUCAUCGUGGAUGUAUCUGUUUCUGUGGAGGAGGACAACAACAGUACAGAGAAGGAGGGUUCACUGCUGAGAUGUCGGAAGCGCCCUUCAGGGUGCAUUAUAGAGGACACCUCCAACGGCCAUUCCAAGGUCACCUGGGUGGAGCACCUUGACUUGUCUGCUUCCACGGUUCAGCCUCUCUUCCGCUCCUUUGUCAACACCGGUUUGGCCUUUGGUGCUCGUCAUUGGGUUGCCACCCUUCAGCUCCACUGCGAACGACUUGUCUUCUUCAUGGCUACCAACGUCCCCACCAAGGACUCUCUCGGAGUUACAACGCUGGCCGGGAGAAAGAGCGUACUCAAGAUGGCGCAGAGGAUGACACAAAGCUUCUACCGCGCCAUUGCUGCUUCUAGCUACCAUCAGUGGAACAAGAUCACCACCAAAACUGGACAAGACAUGAGGGUUUCAUCCAGAAAAAACCUCCAUGAUCCUGGCGAGCCUACCGGAGUCAUAGUUUGCGCUUCUUCCUCCCUCUGGUUACCUGUUUCUCCUACUCUUCUCUUUGAUUUCUUUAGAGAUGAAACUCGUCGCCAUGAGUGGGAUGCUUUGUCAAACGGAGCUCAUGUUCAGUCUAUUGUAAGCUUAUCCAAGGGACAAGACAGGGGCAACUCAGUGUCUAUCCAGACAGUGAAAUCGAGAGAAAAGAGCACAUGGGUGCUGCAGGACAGCUGCACAAACUCAUAUGAGUCGGUGGUUGUAUACGCUCCUGUAGAUAUCAACACGACACAGCUCGUGAUUGCCGGACAUGAUCCAAGCAACAUCCAAAUCCUCCCUUGUGGAUUCUCAAUCAUACCUGAUGGAGUAGAAUCACGACAACUGGUCAUCUCGUCCGCACAAGAGGACAAAAACACACAAGGAGGGUCUCUGCUCACACUGGCCCUCCAAACGCUCGUCAACCAAUCUCCUGCAGCAAAGCUGAAUAUGGAGUCUGUGGAAUCCGUUACAAACCUCGUCUCUGUCACGCUCCACAACAUUAAGAGAAGCCUACAAAUCGAAGAUUGUUGAUGAUACAAUAACUCACAUCAUGUGUCACUUUUAUUAUGGAGAUGUUGUUUACCUAUAUAAAGUAUAUGAUAAUGUAUA